CAAAGGCUAUGUUUUUGCACCUUGCACGCGCUGUAGGUUGUCCGAGUGUCCGAGUUGCAAAGUACAUUUCAUGGCCGCAUGUGUUGCAUUGGCGCUACCAUACUUGGUAAAUCUAGGGAGAGGUGACAGUGGCUUCUUCUAACGCGUAGCAGCAUUUAUGUCAUUUAGGUGUGUGUUUUUCGGUACCAAGUACGGUCGCCAUUCAUUACUGUGGCAGCUUAAACCCGUGAGGUGUUCGUCGUGACCCAUUUAUGAGUCUGAUUGCAAGCUUUUAGUUUCUCCUGGUCUUGCACAUCGAGGCCACAACAAAGGUGCUCGAGAGCACGGAUAUGUUCGUUUACUAGAAAGGUGGGCCCAUAUGUCUGACGCAACCCUGGGUCUAGAUUUUGGCAAGCCUCAAGCCCCUCCCUCCAUGAAUGGGGGGGGCAACCCUGACAACGGUGGAGGCCACCAGUCUCGGCCUGGGGCAGAGCGCGAGGAUGGACCACCACCGAAUAAGCGCAGCAAGCUCCGGAAAACAGUUGGCUUUGACAGCGUCACUGUUUACUACUUUCAGCGUACGCAAGGCUUCACGUGCGUCCCAAGUCAGGGUGGAUCUACGCUCGGAAUGGGCCCCAUGCACGUGGAGGAGCGCACGUUCAGCUUGCGGCAGCAUGCGGACGAGAGGCGCCGGCUGCGCUUUGCUGAUGUCGACUGUAGCAACACCUCAUCGUCCAGCUCGCUGUCUCCAGAUGACACCGCCGGGCCUUCUUCUUCAGCCGGAGAUGGUAGCAGGGUAUACCAGGGUGGCAGUUCCAGGCUGGGAACUGGUGAGGACACUGCCGAGGAGGAAGAUGUGGACGACAGGGAGACGUUGAGCUAUUUGCAGCCUGUACCAACCCGUCAGCGCCGGGCGCUGCUGCGUGCCAGUGGGGUGCGCAAGAUCGACGCGCUUGAGAAGGAGGAGUGCCGUAUCAUUCGAGCAUCACGGGAGUUUUGUGGCUGUGCCUGCAAGGGUUGCUGCUUGCCGGACACCUGCUUCUGCUCCCGUUCGGGCAUUUCCUGUCAGGUGGACCGGCUUUCGUUUCCAUGUGGCUGCACCCAGGAGGGCUGUGGCAACACAUCAGGCCGUACAGAGUUCAACCCAGUGCGAGUGCGUACUCAUUUCCUGCACACACUCAUGCGACUUGAAUUUGAAAAGCAGCUGCCACCGGGCACCCUGGGUCCUUUCCAUUGUGUUGACCCCCCCCAGCUCAUCUACUACAACGCAGCUGCAGCAGCGAAUGGGGCUGGACAGUGCCAGUACAGCUCGGAAGAGGAAGACGAAGAUGAAAGCUCUUACUCUGAGAAUUCCGAGUACACAUCUCAAGAGGAGGACGGCAGUGGUGAUGGUGCUGAAUUGGCAGCUGAUGGCAGGCCAAGCUCUCCGCACCUGGACUACAUGGACCUCAGUUGUGCAGUGGCCAGGGGAGGUGGGAGCCCUGCACUGGCAUCGCGUGGCAUUAUCCCCGUGGACCCUGUGUUUGUGGGCUGCGGAGACUGUGCCACUGACGGACUUCUGGUGUCCCCGUUGGAAGGGUCUCAGGUGGCCUCUUCCCCAUCGACGACCGAGGAGGGUGAGGGAUCUUCAUCAACGGCCACUACAGAUAGCACGUUUAGCGACAUAAUUAAGGCGUCGCUGGAGGAGACGGCCACCUUGUGAAAGUCUUGUACAUUGUGGAUGGGAAGAAAAAAGAAAAGUAUACCUUAGGCCUCGAAAAGUCGAACUUGCGUCCAUCAGUAUCAGUGAUAAAACGCUCGGUCAUACGUGAAGCCACUUUAACAAAGCAGCUCUGAAUAAUUUUUUUUUUCUCGUUCAAAAGUGCACAUAUCAUAAGAAUUGGUUGAAGCACCAAAGCCAGUUGUCGCUCGCUGCCAUAGUCAAGUGUGUGGCUGCUCUGUGAUUAGACUGCAACAUUACUGCUUCAGUAUGUUGUGGCUCAAACUACGUGCAGUUGAAAAUGAGCAGCACUCUGUGUGUGCUGCUCAUCCUUCUUUUGCCGCCACCAAUGCUGUCUUGGUGCAUGUGUAAAUGGCAGCUACUGCCAAUGCUGCGGCUACUAAUGGCUGCUGCUAUGCACAUCUAAGCACAAAGGAGGUGUGCAUGGGAGGAUGAUGCCUGCUUCUGGGAUUAUGAGGGCACAUGUCGUACGGUAAUGUGGGUUAAAUCAGGGAACCAAAAGCUGUGUGUUUGCUGGUCGUGUUCAGUUGUAAAAAUGCUUGAGAAGGCAUAUGCGUGCGUGUUGGAGCUUACCAAUUCGAGCAGAGAAAUCACAGGCAACCCAUUCAGCCUUCUUGCAGUUGUGUGUCUUCUUUAUGUAUGACAUCACCGAGGUUUAACUGUUGGAAUAAUGCCUCACAUAUAUGUUGUCAAAGCUUCGUUCAAAAAAACAAACAAAAGAUCUUUAAAAGUUUAAGAUACAUACCCGUGUCAAUGUGGCGCUCUAUAUGGUCAUGCUCAACAAUGCUUAAAUGCCAAGUGUGCCAGUUGGAUUAUAUAGCUUGUGGCAUUGUGAAAACUGCGAUGUUCUUUAGGGCUCGUUUUUUAUUACUGUAAGUGCAAUGACAAGUAGCGCACUCUUGUUUAAGGGGGACAAGUAGAGCACUCUUGUUUAAGGGGAUACUCUUCAGGGGAUUUACAGUUGAUGAUCGUGCACGAGAAAUUCUUUUUGAGCGUUGCUUGUGUGACGUGCAUAGCUUUACAUGGAUAAGUAGUAAUCCAGAGAAAGAACAAGUUUGUAGUGGCCACAUUCUCUUUUUGCCUUUCUCCUUGUUUUGCCAUCUUUUAUCGUGUUUUACCUUUUUACUUUGACUUCAAAUCGCAAAGCAAGUGAUGAUUUAAUGGUGUGCUUCGUUAUAUGUAGAGAUUUUUCCACUGGUCUUUUUAUGUUCUACUUUUUUUAUGCAAAUUUUGCGAUCAGAAAGCUGCUAAUGUGAUUCAUGAUGUGCUUUACCACACGUAAUGACAUCAUUACUGGAAAGUUGCCUCGUCUUUAAUUUCGUUCUACCUGUUUAUCGUGUUUUAGCAACUGUCUUUUUAUCUUCUACUUUUUUAUGCAAAUUUUGCAAUCAGAAAGCUGCUGUUGUGAUUCAUGAUGUGCUUUGCUACAUGUAAUGACAUCAUUACUGGAAAAUUGCCUCGUUUUUUAUCUCGUUCUACCUGUUUAUUGUGUUUUAGCAACUGUCUUUUUAUCUUGUUCUACUUUUUUAUGCAAAUUUUGCGAUCAGAAAGCUGCUGAUGUGAUUCAUGAUGUACUUUACCACAUGUAAUGACAUUAUUACUGGAAAAUUGCCGCGUCUUUUAUCUCGUUCUACCUGUUUAUCCUGUUUUUGCAAUCGCAAAGCAAGUGAUGUUUUUGUCGAUGGGCUCUGUUACAUGUCAUGACAAUAUUACACUGGUGCAUCACUACCCAUGGGUCAAAAAAGCCUAUUAGCUCACAGCAAGUACUAUGACUGCAGUGUUUGGCUGUGCAGUGGGGGCCAGUGCUGGUUACCAUAACUACUAAUUGCAGCACACUGCUGAGAUGUGCUCAAGUUUCAUUGUGUGUGUCACAGUCGUGAGCUACAAUCGGUAUCUAAGCAUAACUAACUAGCCAUCAGCUUUGCUUACCAUAAUAUUAUGUAUUUGUCAAAUGAGUGCUGCCAACUAGGGUCCAAUCUGAGUUCUUAAAUCUAGAAGCUUCCUUGUUGCUUCUUUUGAAAGACAUCCACAUUGAAAUGUAGCUUUAACGAACAUUCAAAGUUAACAAUGCAAGGACCGGUUAAAAACGAUUGAGGGCAACCUAAAGAUGAUUCUCUGUGUUGCUGCCGUCACACUAUUUUGCCAGGUUCGGCUCUUCAGGGACAUCUUGAUUCUCACUAAGCGCUGUCAACAAGCAAGGGAGUGCAGGCAAAAAGGUUAAAAAAGGGUUUAGGUCCAACUUGCAUGGCAAAGACACUGAAGCAAUACAGCAGAAGUUAGAUGCAUGGAGUGCGCAUAUGAAUGAAUCGGUGUAUUUUUUUCAAAGAGCGCUACCUCAAUAGGGUGUGGUUCUUCACUUGAGCCGAACCGUCCUUCCGGAAUGGUUGACAAUGUAUUUCAGAUGUCCAUUUACGCCGUGUAUAAUUUUAGCCUUUUGAUACUUGAGGAUUUGCCAUUCAAAAGAAACAAUAGGUCACUUGUGCACGUAAACGAGGUAGUGCAUUCUCUUGAUGUGGCUUUCCAUUCAUUACAAUUUAUUGACAUCUAUCAGUACCAUUUUGUGAUAUACAGUUACACAAAAGCAUAUAUUAAUAUAUAGAUGUCUCAUCACUGCUGUUUGGGCUCCUUGUUUUGUGUGCAAUAACUGGAUGGAGCCCUUCCUUUUGAGGGCACAGUGUCAAUUCAUUAGUCUUUGUAGCAUACCUUGAGUAAAGCGUAUAUUGGGCGAUGCAGGAAAGCCAACUAAAGGAUUCCAUAGACGCAGAAGCCUAGCCAUGUGCAUACAGGCGUCAAACUUAUUCACUGAAGGUUAUGCCAUUCAAUUUAGCUGGAACACGCUUCUACUCGGGUUUUUAUCCUGUUAAUUUUUUUCUCAAAAAGUAAAAAAAAAUGCCUUUUUUUGCCAGAAUUUGCAGCUCGGUAAGCUUUAUUGUUAAUCAAACUUUAUAUAUAUAUAUAUAUAUAUAUAUAUAUAUAUAUAUAUAUAGACUAGGCAAUUGUUAAAAAUUAUGAGCCUUAGUGUGUUCUCACAAGGUUUGACUAAAGUAGUAAGGCUUAACCAUUUGAAACCCCAAGGUUAUAGGGGGGAAGAGUCUGGUUGGCAGCACUCGGUGAAUGGCCUAUGCUUGCCUACUCUUUUUCAUAAAAUUAUUUUCCAUUUUCUUCUGCUGUGUGUUCCAUCAUCCUGCUGUAUUCUGCCAUGUGGAAAGCUGUUUUGUGACUUGAGUGGAAAACUGUUGGUACUUUAGCAAGACUGUGAUGAUGGGGGCCCUUUGUGUUACACUUAGUUACGAGCCUGUGGUUCAGAGCCAUUUGAUGCUAUCUUAUGCUGCCUUUUGACCAAUACCCUCUUUUACCCACCUUGUGCUCACAAAAGGUCCCAACGUUAGUACGGACAUUUGUUUCCUAUUCAGCACUCUGUGGUUUUACCCCCCCCCCCCCCAUAAUGUCUCUGAAGGACUUGGAGAUUGAUUAUUUUCAAUAUAUGUACGAGCUGAUUUAGUUCAGUGUCCCAAGUGCAGGGAUGCUGCUUUUGUAUAUUUCAUUUCAUUAAAAAUUACUGAAGAGUUCUGCA